AUGCAUGUUAAACCCGUCUUAAAGCGGGAGCAUACGAUUACCGUGAAAGUAAAGAUAAAUUGUCACUCUUCCCAUAUAGUUGCUGUAACAAAUGACUUCGUAAGUUCUGUAUAUCAUGAACAACGUUUUCUUCAGUACACCCCAUACAAGGUAAAAGUCAAGUCAGGGGCGCCACUGAAUUUCCGGUUAUGUGACACACGUGGUUUAGAAGAGUCGCAGGGUCUAGAUGUCCUCGAGUGUAACUAUCUGCUUGAUGGUAACAUUCCAAACUACUAUCAGUUCAACACAAACACCCAAAUAACACCUAAAACCCCUGGUUUCAAGGUAAAUCCUACUGAUAACGACGUAAUACAUUGUGCAGUAUUCGUUUUGGACGCAACCACGUUAGAAGUAUUGUCUUCAAAGAUAAUAGAGAAAAUGAAAGGAUUCCAAAAUCUGAUGAAUCAGAAAGGAAUCCCGCAAAUCAUUUUACUUACAAAGAUAGACAAACUCUGUAAAGAAGUUGAGCAAGAUGUGUCCUUGGUAUUCAAUAGCCCGGAAGUGCAGCAACACGUGGAAAAAGCCUCACAAAUUCUCGGACUUCCUCGUGCAAAUGUACUUCCGGUGAAAAAUUACGAGAAUGAGCUAGAGCUUCAUGACAACAACAGUAUCCUCCAAUUGCUGGCACUGCGGCAGAUGUUAAACUUUGCACAAGAUUUUCUAGAUCAUCUGUUGGACAAAAAAGAUGAUGAACAAACAGAAAUGGAAAAGCUAAAACUUGAUCAGUAAUGGACAGACAUUAAACAAAACAUGAUAUAUAAAAACAAACAUUAAUGUAGGUUUUUAGAAUUAUUUCUAUAAGUAGACUGUCAAAUUAUAUAUUUAUAUUGCUUUAUAAUUAUAAUUAUCCUUUUCAUUUGUCUAACAAAGUACAUUUAUUCUGUGCUGAUACAUGCACAUUAUUUUUCCAAAAUAUUUGUUGUUGUUUUGCAGUUAUAUUGUGCCACUAUACUAUAGAUAUGAUUUUACUCUAUACUAAUGGCAUGUAAUGUGCAGUGUUUUACCAUAAAGUUAACCAAUCAAAUAGUUGUUGUGGUGCACUAAAUGAUACGAAUAAGCAUAUUUUGCCAUUGUUUAUUAGGUGGUUAGGUAUUGCACUUACAAAGGUCAGCAAUCCAAGGCUGAAAUUGAAGUUGGUCAUCUUUUAGUCUCACAGGUACGGUUUAAGUGACAUUAUGCUCGUACUUUCACUGUGAAGUAAAUCCGACUUAGCAAUAUAUAUUUUCUAUAUUUUAUAAGUAUUUCAAAAGAUGGUGAUAACAGUUGAUAUUGACAAAGGUUUAGGAUAAACUAUACUAAUCUGCGAAGAAAAUAAAAGAACUGCUCUUUUAUAAAUUGAACGUUACUCCGAUGGGUAUUUAUUUGAAGUUUCCUCCGGCAAAGUGAGUUCUUUAUUGUUCAAUCGAAGUAAAAGAAAUUAUGAAAAA